GCUUUGAGUAACCCGGCCCAGAUCGAUGAGUUAACCAUAGUGAGUCGCUCGCUUCUACGUUACAUUCCAUGACGCGUACAUAAAGAGAGUUUGUGUUUUUCCAAAAUGGUGGACAAAGAUGGACGAAAUUUUCGUGCAUUUUAUUACGAUACCUUAGGACUACGAAAUGUCGAGCAAAGAAAAGCACUGGAAAUAUUACUGAAGGAUGACCCAAUAGAUGUCGAGCGGAUUUCAACUUUUAGCACACGGUUUAGCUUGCCCGCAGUUUACAGAAACCAUGUCUGGAAAGUAAUUUUAGGGGUUAUUCCUCCUUACCAAGAUGCACACAAGUUUGUGAUACAGCAAAGAAGUGAACAUUUUAAUGAUCUGCGACAUGCCUUGAAGGUGAUGAGGAAAAUAUCUGAUGAUGAUGACAUACCUUACCAAAUGUCUAUGAUGUAUCUGUUAGAUGAAGGAGCCUUACGAUUUGUAAAAAUACCAAAGAAACUGGAAAGAAAGGCCAAGAUAAUGAGUGCUGUGGUGCACGUGUUUGCUGACAUGUUUGAAGAUGAGGUCGAUCUUUACUGGAUAUCUUUCAAGUUUAUGAAGUGUUUGGACCAAUCAGGAACACAGAUGGAAAAACUGGAGAAGUUGACUCAACAUUAUCUCCAAACUGAGGAUGCUCAACUUCAUAAGCACUUGUUAAGCAUUGACACAUUUGAUGUGUUACCACUCAAGAGGUGGUUUGAGAGUGGUUUUACAGAGGAUAUUCCUGAUUCAUGCAUGGAAAGGAUCUGGGACAAAGUAGUUUGUGGUUCCAGUAAGAUUCUUGUUUUUGUUGCUGUUGGUCUGCUCAUGGUGUACAGACAUCCCCUACUCAUGGAAAAAUCUUCUCAGGGUGUGGACAAGUUUUUCUGUAAGCCUCUACCCGAGGAUAACUUUGUGACAGUUGUCAGUAAAGCCAUGGAGCUGUGGGAUAAACAUGGCACUACUGUGAUAUCUGAGGCACCCACCAUGCAUUGAAUCCAGCGCCGACCUCAAUGUCAAGUCGCCACAAGAAACACGUUCGGCCCCAGGCCUUCUGAGCCAUUCCUGUUUAAAGACUCUGUUGAGAGGCAGCCAAUGAAAAACGCUGCACAAAACUAUGUAGUGCACAUGUGUUGGCGGGUCUCUCGCGUGAACUCUUGAGAAGAGAAAAUUACCGCGCGAAGAAAGAAGCUUUUUAGGCGGGACGACGGGAAUUGGAUUUCAUCUCCAUACGUGAUGUUUUGUCCGUCAGUAAUAGUAUAGGGUCGACUAAAGGUAGCAAUGCGAUCAUGAAAGCCGAAUAUUUACGAUAACCCGUAACAAAAUGUAUGUGAAGAGACGUAUGAAAGAUACCUUUUUGUGGGCAAUUUCUCCCUUGGAAUUGAGUAUUGAAACAAAAAAAAUAAUAAAGCAAAAAACAAAUAACAGAAAAGAAUUUACCAGCUGCUUUAUCUUCGGGUGAAUCCAUGUGAAUCUCAGAAGAAAACAAAAAAAGCAAAAACCUUGCGAAGGAAAGCAAGUUCUUGGUUUAAGAUGCCUUGCCUUGUUAGUAAUACUAAAGAAGAGGGAAACUUUGUGAAGUUCGCUAUCUGAAAUUAAAAACAGUUUUCUUAUGAGGGGAUUUUUCCUUCCAACUAGCAAUGCAAGAUAACGCCAUUGUGAGACAAGUCAUGGCCGAAUAAAUAGGCUGAUUUAGCAAGA